UCAGGCAACUCUACUCUGGUUAGCACUGGCUCUGGCAUCUCUGCUCUGGCUAGCUCUGCUCUGGCAUCUCUGAAUUUAUAGCUAAAAAUCUAGGUAUGCAAUUAAAACUUAUAAAUAUCGAAAAAGCGAGGAUUAAGAAUGUAGGUAUGCAAUUAACUAAGGCCUAAUCUGGCGAUUUGGCUCUGGCUCUGACUCUAAUGACUUAGCUCUGACUCUGGAUCUGACGACUUGGCUCUGGCUCUGACUUUAAUGACUUAGCUCUGGAAUCUCUGCUCUGGAAGCUCUGCUCUGGCAACUUGGCUCUGGUAACUUGGCUCUCUGGAAGCUCUGCUCUGGUUUGCUCUGGCUCUGGCAGCUCUCAUUUGGAAGCUUUGCUCUGGCAACUCUGCUCUGGCUAGCUCUGGCAGCUCUGCUCUGGCAACUUGGCUCUGGCCCUCUGCUCUGGAAGCUCUGCUCUGGUUAGCUCUGGCUCUGGCAGCUCUGCUCUGACAACUCUGCUAAAAAUCUAGGUUAUAAGUUUCCAUUGUGGUGAAUCAAAGACCAACACCUAAACUAGAAAGCUGUAAACGACAUCGGAUUUACGUGGUUCGGUCGAGAAGACCUACGUCCACGGGGUGUUGGGGAUUUUUCACUAUAAUCGAGAGAGUAUUACAUUUUACAAGAGAUGAAUGAAUAAUGAGAUGAUCUAACCUACUACUAAGUCUCUAUUUAUAAGCAUGUAAAUAAGCCCUAGGGCCUCAAGCCCAUUUACUAAGAUAAUUGGGAUUAAGCCCCUUUAGCACAUUGACCUUGGUCUGAAUCGCCUAUGCUUGCUUGACUACGCUGGAAGCUCUAUUAUUUCUUUUAUUAUCCCAAAUCUCCAAUUAAACCUGCACUGGUUAGCUUAAUAAUAAUAAUACUAAUCAUAAGCAUAAAUAGAAAUGUUCCCAUUAUAUAGUGCACAGCGCUGGUGCAUAUUUCAGUCCUCAUCAGCUACUCCCCCCCUGGUCUGGUUGAACCGGGUAUUCUUCGUGUUCAGCCAGCGAAGUAUUGUUAAAGCCAGCGCUGUGCUGUUUCCUUAAUCCCUGCAAAUCAUGAAGACAUAAGAGUUUUAAUAUUAUAAGAAAGCAAAGAUAAGCAUUUUCCCCUUGACUUUGGAAUUGUAGUUCCAAGUUAGAUUUCCUUCUUGUUUGUUGAAUGUUGACAAAGAUAAAUAAUUUCCAUUUCUUUGGGCGCAUAAGAAGACCAGCGCUGAGAAUACCCCAUAUUGAAUACUUUGCAUAGAUAAGCAAUAUAAAUGCUUUGUGUUGGAUGAACCAGAAGACCGCUGCAAGAAUACCCGAAUAACAUAGGAAGACCCGUGUCGAAGUUGAGAAAUAUGAUACUUUGAUCAUGUGAGAAAACCCGUCAUAAAUAUUUGUCGAGUCUGAACAAUAUACCCUGUUGUUGAGCGCGUAAAAAAUCCAGCGCGUGAGAAGACCAAUAGAUAACAUUGGCACGCCCAAGAGGCGGCUUACUUCUCGCUGAGCAGUGAUUAGAAUAGAUCAAAACAACCCAUAAAGCAGAGGCGCAAAAUAGUGUAGCCCGUAGAGUGGAACAGAGAAAUACCCCAGCCCGAUCAGAACAGAGAAAUGCCUAGCCCGGUCAGAGCAGAGAAAUACCUAUCAGAUCAGAGAAAUUCCCAUCAGAGCAGCUCGGUUAGAGCAGAGAAAUACCUAUCAGAUCAGAGAAAUUCCCAUCAGAGCAGCUCGGUCAGAGCAGAGAAAUACCCCAGCCCGGUCAGAGCAGAGAAGUAUCCCAGCCCGAUCAGAGCAGAGAAAUGCAUAUCAGAUCAGAGAAAUGCCCGUCAGAGCAGAGAAAUGUCUUUUCAGAGCAGAGAAACGUCCCUCGGAGCAGAGAAUUGUCCCUCAGAGCAGAGAAUUGUCCCUCAGAGCAGCCCGGUCAGAGCAGAGAAAUGCCCUUUCAGAGCAGAGAACUGUCCUUCAGAGCAGAGAAUUGUCCCUCAAAGCAGCCCGGUCAGAGCAGAGAAAUGCCCUUUCAGAGCAGAGAACUGUCCUUCAGAGCAGAGAAUUGUCCCUCAAAGCAGCCCGGUCAGAGCAGAGAAAUGCCCUUUCAGAGCAGAGAACUGUCCCUCAGAGCAGAGAAUUGUCCCUCAGAGCAGCCCGGUCAGAGCAGAGAAAUGCCCUUUCAGAGCAGAGAACUGCGGCAGAGUAUUGAAAUCAUGCCAGAGCAUUGAAAUCCCGACAAAGGAUUGAAAUCCCGGAAGAGCAUUGAAAUCCCGACAAAGGAUUGAGAUCCCGGUAGAGCAUUGGAAUCACGAACGGCGGCAGAGCAUUGGGAUCACGGACGGCGGCAGAGCAUUGGGAUCACGGACGGCGGCAGAGCAUUGGGAUCACGGACGGUGGCUGAGCAUUGGGAUCACUGCAGAGCAGUGAAAUCACAGUAGGGCAGUGAAAUCACGGCAGAGCAGUGAAAUCAUGGCAGAGCAUUCCUCAGCUGCUUCCCUCAUUUGUAUGCAUACCUUUGCUGCUUCCCUCCUUUGCUGCUUCCCAUCCAAGCUUUGAGCACUCUGCGCGGAGCAUGGAAGACCCGGGGGGUGCAACCAACUUUCGCGGCUUACGAUUAAAAGAACCCCCUGCACGGAGCAUGGAAGACCCGGGGGGUGCAACCAACUUUCGUGGCUUACGGUUAAGUGCAACCUCUGCACGGAGCAUGGAGGACCCGGGGGGUGCAACCAACUUUCGUGGCUUACGAUUAUGUGCAACCUCUGCGCGGAGCAUGGAAGGCCCGGAUGGCACGACCAACUUUCGCGGCUUACGAUUAAAAGAACCCCCUGCACGGAGCAUGGAAGACCCGGGGGGUGCAACCAACUUUCGUGGCUUACGGUUAAGUGCAACCUCUGCACGGAGCAUGGAGGACCCGGGGGGUGCAACCAACUUUCGUGGCUUACGAUUAUGUGCAACCUCUGCGCGGAGAAUGGAAGGCCCGGAUGGCACGACCAACUUUCGCGGCUUACGAUUAAAAGAACCCCCUGCACGGAGCAUGGAAGACCCGAGGGGUGCAACCAACUUUCGUGGCUUACGGUUAAGUGCAACCUCUGCACGGAGCAUGGAGGACCCGGGGGGUGCAACCAACUUUCGUGGCUUACGAUUAUGUGCAACCUCUGCGCGGAGCAUGGAAGGCCCGGAUGGCACGACCAACUUUCGCGGCUUACGAUUAAAAGAACCCCCUGCACGGAGCAUGGAAGACCCGGGGGGUGCAACCAACUUUCGUGGCUUACGGUUAAGUGCAACCUCUGCACGGAGCAUGGAGGACCCGGGGGGUGCAACCAACUUUCGUGGCUUACGAUUAUGUGCAACCUCUGCGCGGAGCAUGGAAGGCCCGGAUGGCACGACCAACUUUCGCGGCUUACGAUUAAAAGAACCCCCUGCACGGAGCAUGGAAGACCCGAGGGGUGCAACCAACUUUCGUGGCUUACGGUUAAGUGCAACCUCUGCACGGAGCAUGGAGGACCCGGGGGGUGCAACCAACUUUCGUGGCUUACGAUUAUGUGCAACCUCUGCGCGGAGCAUGGAAGGCCCGGAUGGCACGACCAACUUUCGCGGCUUACGAUUAAAAGAACCCCCUGCACGGAGCAUGGAAGACCCGGGGGGUGCAACCAACUUUCAUGGCUUACGGUUAAGUGCAACCUCUGCACGGAGCAUGGAGGACCCGGGGGGUGCAACCAACUUUCGUGGCUUACGAUUAUGUGCAACCUCUGCGCGGAGCAUGGAAGGCCCGGAUGGCACGACCAACUUUCGCGGCUUACGAUUAAAAGAACCCCCUGCACGGAGUAUCUCAGUAGCUGAGAUUGAAGGAAUUGUGGAAUUGAACCCCCUUGUUAUAAUAUCACACGCACAGACAAGGCAGGAACACAGUUCUCUGUCUUCUAAAUCGCGGAGAAAUACCUCCUUCAUUGGCGGUAGUAACUUGUAUUCAGCAGCAACAGCAUUGCUCUGGUACUCGUUCCUAUCCACCCCUUUCUCAUUAGCUGGCUAA